AUGUUCUGCCUCCUCGUGCUUAUGUGCUUUGGCGAGCGCCUCGACGAGCCCGCGGUGCGCGCGAUCGCUACUGCGCAGCGGGAAGCAAUCAUCUACCGCUCCAAGAACAUGCAAAUCUUCGCCUUCUUCCCUGCCGUCACCAGCACCUCUUCCGCGCGCGGCUCGACAAAGCGCUGGCGCUGCGGCGGCGCGUCAAGGAGCUCCUUCUUCCGCUUAUCAACGCGCGUCGGGAAUACAAGAAGCGGGGAGGCGAGCCGAAAGGGGAAACCACGUUCGAGCACUCGUACGUGGACACCAUGCUCGACAUCAAGCUUGAAGAGGACGGCGAACGCCCGCUCACAGAUGAUGAGAUUAUCCGCCUAUGCUGCGAGUUCCUCAACGCCGGCACGGACACCACGUCGACAGGGCUCCAGUACGUGGGUCAUGGCCGAGCUUGUCAAAAACCCAGCCAUCCAGGAGAAGCUCUACAACGAGGUCAAGGCCGCCACGGACGACGACAAGGAAGAGGUCUCAGAGGAGGACGUCCACAAGAUGCCAUACCUCAAGGCGGUGAUCCUCGAGGCCCUCCGGAAGCACCCGCCGGGCCACUUCGUGCUGCUUCACAAGGCGGCGGAAGACAUGGAUAUUGGUGGGUACCUGAUCCCCCAGGGCACAACGGUGAACUUCAUGGUCGCUGAGAUGGGCCGGGACGAGCAGGAAUGGAAGAACCCGAUGCAGUUCUCGCCGGAGCGGUUACUCCCCGGCGGAGACGGCGAGGGCGUGGACGUGACGGGCACCAAGGCGAUCAGGAUGAUGCCGUUCAGCGUGGGCCGGAGGAUCUGUGCUGGGCUUGGCAUCGCCAUGCUGCACCUGGAGUACUUCGUUGCCAACAUGGUGCUGGAGUACGAGUGGAAGGAGGUGCCCGGCGACGAGGUGGACUUCGCCGAGAAGAACGAGUUCACUGUCGUCAUGAAGAAGCCGCUACGCCCGCUCCUUGUGCUUAGGAGGUCUCAUUUGAACUAG